AAAUGGAAGAGAAAGAAGAGAUCAAACAAAGUCCUCCACAAGAUCAGAACAAAGUAAAGCCUGAUAAACAAGGUGAAACCAACAAAGAGGACAAAGUAGCUCAGAUGCUUGAAGCAACUCAAUUGCAAAAGGACACGACGGAAGAGAAACAUGAAAGUGAAACUGAAGUCAAAUUUGACAAGCAGGAAAUUGCAGGAGGAUAG